AUGGUCACCUCCGUCAACCCAAACACAGAGCUCUCUCGUUGCUUUGCUUCUUCUCUCAGACCCUCUUAUUCCAAACCCAACUCCAGCCAAACCCAGCUAUGCAGACUCUCAUCUGGGUCUCUCUCCAACACCUUCUCCGGCCUAUCUAUGGCUCCAUCAACUGAAUUUUCCCGCAGCAGACGCAUAUUUUCACUGUCGAAGAACGAGUCCGGAGAAAGUGCAAGUGGAAAUGGUGGUUUGACGUAUAAGGAUGCUGGUGUUGAUAUAGAUGCUGGCUCAGAACUUGUUCGACGAAUUGCCAAAAUGGCUCCUGGGAUUGGAGGCUUUGGGGGUCUUUACCCUCUUGGUGAUUCAUAUCUUGUUGCUGGUACAGAUGGUGUUGGAACAAAACUUAAACUUGCAUUUGAUACUGGAAUUCAUGAAACCAUUGGUAUUGAUUUGGUUGCUAUGAGUGUCAAUGAUAUUGUUACUUCUGGAGCAAAGCCGCUAUUUUUCCUUGAUUAUUUUGCUACCAGCCGGCUUGAUGUUGAUCUUGCUGAAAAGGUUGUAAAAGGUAUUGUCGAUGGCUGCCAACAAUCUGACUGUACUCUUUUAGGUGGAGAGACUGCAGAGAUGCCAGAUUUUUACGCAGACGGAGAGUAUGACCUCAGUGGUUUUGCGGUUGGAAUUGUGAAAAAGGAUUCAGUGAUUGAUGGGAAAAACAUUGUGGCUGGGGAUGUCCUCAUUGGCCUACCUUCCAGUGGGGUUCAUUCUAAUGGUUUCUCUCUUGUAAGAAGGGUACUGGCUCAUAGUGGGCUAUCUCUGAAGGACCAACUACCUGGUGAAGCUAUUACAUUAGGUGAAGCUUUGAUGGCCCCAACCAUGAUAUACGUUAAGCAGGUGCUUGACAUUAUCAGCAAGGGAGGUGUAAAGGGGGUAGCCCACAUCACAGGGGGUGGUUUCACAGACAAUAUACCUCGAGUGUUUCCAAAGGGCCUAGGAGCUGUCAUCUAUAACGGUUCCUGGGAAAUCCUACCUGUUUUCAAAUGGAUCCAAGAGGCGGGAAGAGUAGAAGAAGCUGAGAUGAUGCGAACAUUUAACAUGGGUAUUGGCAUGGUUCUUGUUGUGAGUAAAGAGGCAUCCCACAGGAUACUUGAGGAUGGAAAUGGGGCUUAUAAAGCUUACCGCAUCGGUGAGGUUGUAAGAGGUGAAGGAGUGAGUUAUAGUUGA